AUGUCUCCCGCGAUGGCCCAAGUACCGUCGGUUGCGGCGGCCUCGGUGGCCGGCUGCCGGGCGCGGGUGGCGCACCACGUGCUGAAUCAGGUGGUUCUCCCCGGGGAGGAGCUGGUGCUGCCGGAGCACGAGGACGCAGACGGCCUCGGCGGCGCCGGGGAGCAGCCGUUACGUCUGAAUGCGGGGGCGCGCCCGCGGCUGCGCGUAGUGUGUGGCCCGGGUUUGCGACGCUGCGGGGACCGCCUGCUGGUCACCAAGUGUGGCCGCCUGCGUCAUAAGGAGCCCGGAGGCGGCGGCGGUGGCAUUUACUGGGUGGACUCGCAACAGAAGCGGGUGAGCGGACGUCGGAGAGGCGGUGCCGCAGCGGAAGUAGCAUCCCAGUGCUGGGAAGACUCCCUGCAAGUGGGAGGAGAGGUUAAGUAUGUACCAGUGAAAGGGGACCAUGUGAUUGGCAUAGUGAUCGCUAAGUCUGGAGAUAUAUUCAAAGUUGAUGUUGGAGGGAGUGAGCCGGCUUCUUUGUCUUACCUGGCGUUUGAAGGAGCAACUAAAAGAAACAGACCAAAUGUGCAGGUUGGAGAUCUCAUCUAUGGCCAGUGUGUGGUUGCUAAUAAAGACAUGGAACCAGAAAUGGUCUGUAUUGACAGCUGUGGACGGGCCAAUGGAAUGGGUGUGAUUGGACAGGAUGGUCUGCUCUUCAAAGUGACUCUGGGCUUAAUUAGAAAGCUUUUAGCUCCAGAUUGUGAAAUUGUGCAGGAACUGGGAAAACUCUAUCCGUUGGAGAUUGUGUUUGGAAUGAAUGGAAGAAUAUGGGUCAAGGCAAAAACCAUUCAGCAGACUUUGAUUUUGGCGAAUGUCUUAGAAGCUUGUGAACACAUGACAACAGAUCAAAGAAAACAGAUCUUUGCCAGAUUGGCAGAAAGUUGACACGAACAUCUCUUUAAUGGCUCUUUCAGUCAAGAGUGAGUUUCUUGGGGAAAUCUUUUUUUUCAGAUGAACCUCUUUGUAUCAGAUCUUCAGAAGAUGCAUAUUGUCUUUCUAGAAUCCAAUAAAAUAUUUUUAUAAGA